AGAGAAUGACGUCAAUGCAUCAGCAUGAUUCGUUUAACCUAAAGUUCAUUAACAUCGCGGUCUGAGAAACGCAGCCUGCCCCACUCGACAGACCGAACGGCGGCCUCUGCCGACGGACUCGGCCCGGGUUUCCAGCAGAGUUGAGAGGUUAUCGGAGUUUAAACACAGACAGCAGCAGCAUGGCGCCCACCGCACGCCAAACAUCCGUGUGCCCGCAUCUUCCCGGCCUGCCCCCUCGCUCCCGACACGCCUGGACGUCCUGAAUGUGCGCUAACCUUCGUUCAUAUUUGCGGGCCGAAGCAAACAGCAAGAACGCGCCUGCGGAAAAUGCGUUGAUUCGGUUGUUAUCAACCGUAACCACUGGAUGCCGCUUAGCUGCGGUGGCUGACUGGCUGCCUAGCUGGUUUCCCAGGCAUGGCGAUGGUUUCUGUACGCGGCCUCUACUUCGUGGUCACUCUGUUCCUGGGCAGCUUCUUCGGCAGUGUUUUUAUGCUGGGUCCGGUGCUGCCCUUGAUGCUGCUGUCCCCAGCUUGGUACCGCUGGCUCACUGACCGCAUUGUGGCAACCUGGCUGACCCUGCCUGUGGCUUUGUUGGAGGUGGUGUUUGGAGUGAAGGUGGUUAUAACAGGCGAUGGCUUUGUGCCAGGGGAGCGCAGUGUGAUCAUAAUGAACCAUCGCACUCGGCUGGACUGGAUGUUUCUGUGGUGCUGUCUGCUGAGGUACAGCUACCUCCGCCUGGAGAAGGUCUGCCUGAAAGCUGCCCUCAAAGCGGUGCCUGGUUUUGGAUGGGCGAUGCAGGUGGCUGCAUUUAUCUUCAUCCAGAGGAGAUGGGAGGAGGAUCGUAGCCACAUGGAAAAUAUGCUGGAGUACUUCUGCGAUAUCAGGGAACCUUUGCAGCUGCUUCUCUUCCCCGAGGGCACUGACCUCACCGAUAACACUCGUGCCAGAAGUGAUGAGUUUGCGGAGAAGAAUGGUCUCCCAAAGUAUGAGUACGUGCUUCAUCCACGGACAACUGGCUUCACCUUCAUCGUGGACACACUUCGGAAAGGUAACAACUUGGACGCGGUCCACGACGUCACCGUGGCGUACCCACAGAACAUCCCUCAGACAGAGCGCCACCUGAUGCUGGGCCUCUUCCCGCGCGAGAUCCACUUCCACGUGCGGCGCUACCCGCUGUCCACCCUGCCUGAGGGAUCCGAUCUCCUGCAGGCCUGGUGCCAGGAUCGCUGGACAGAGAAGGAGCAGCGGCUGCGGGAGUUUUAUGGGGCGUCGCCGCGGCUGUUCGAUGACCCCGAGGCCCGGGUGCCGCCCUGCAAGAGCGAGCUGAGGGUGACGCUGGUCAAAGCCGUGUCCCUCUGCUAUUGGACCCUGUUCAUAACCUUGUCCUUCGUCGGCCUCUGGUUGUGGGCACCUCUGCGAAUGUACUUUCUGCUGGUGGUGGCGUUCUUCCUGCUUCAGCAGAAGGUCAUGGGUGGGGUUGAGAUGAUGGAGCUGGCGUGCCAUCGCCACUGGAACGGAAAGCCCCCAAUGAGUAGAGAGAAGGACGGACCUCGGGUGAAGAAAGAGUGAGAAGACGGAUUGGAUCAGGUUGAAUAUAGGGAGCCCCCUGCUGGAACGGAGCACAUCCCGCACAAUGAACUCACAGCAUCGCUGCCUUUCCCAGCCGGAUCCCUCACUUUGUCGCUUUCAGUGAAGGGAGAAGGAAAGAGAGGAGCAUGCUUGCUUCACAGAUGCCUCAAUGCUACAGUGAUUGGAAUGGCUUGGAAGCAGAAAGAAAUAAGGAUUGAAUUUUUUUCUUCUAUGCUGGAAGCUCAAAUAUACUGUUUUACAAAAGUCA